CCUCCUUUGUCUGAGCCCGAUCGGUCCUCCGCCUAGUUAUUUAUUUAUUUCAUUUUCGUUUGUGGGGUAUAUUUUUAUAUAUCCUUAUCUCUCGGUUAUUGAAUGACAUUCGAUUCCGACACAUAUAUGCCUAAAAGCAAAGCCCCCAAAAUGGAUGACCUGGACUACAUCCCAGCGGACCUGAGCCCAGAGGAGCGCUCCGAGCUGGAGGAGAUCCGGCGCAGGAAAGGGGCGCUGAUUCUGGAGAUCCAGAGGCUGAAAGAGGAGCUGAGAGAAGCCAUUAUAGAGGUGGAGGGGCUGGAGACCAGCACAGAGGGCAGUAAAACAUUACAGAAGAGUCGACAUGUGGCCAUGGGCAGGAAAAAAUUCAACAUGGACCCAAAAAAGGGGAUUGUAUUCCUAGUGGAGAACGAGCUUCUCAGACACACUUCAGAGGACAUCGCUCAGUUUCUGUACAAAGGAGAAGGACUCAAUAAAACUGCAAUCGGAGACUAUUUGGGUGAAAGAGAUGACUUCAAUAUUAAAGUAUUGCAGGCUUUUGUUGAUCUUCACGAAUUCACAGAUCUGAACUUGGUACAAGCACUUCGGCAGUUUCUGUGGAGUUUCCGCUUACCAGGCGAGGCUCAGAAAAUCGACAGGAUGAUGGAGGCCUUCGCACAGAGAUACUGUCACUGCAAUCCUGGAGUCUUCCAGAGCACAGACACCUGUUACGUGCUGUCGUUCUCCAUCAUCAUGUUGAACACCAGUCUGCACAACCCCAACGUGCGGGACAAGCCCACAGUGGAGCGAUUCAUCAGCAUGAACAGAGGCAUCAAUGACGGGGGGGAUUUACCAGAGGAUCUGCUCAGAAAUCUGUAUGACAGCAUUAAGAACGAGCCUUUUAAGAUCCCAGAGGAUGAUGGGAAUGACCUGACGCACACUUUCUUCAACCCUGACAGAGAAGGCUGGCUCCUCAAGCUGGGAGGUCGCGUGAAAACAUGGAAGAGACGGUGGUUCAUUCUGACAGAUAACUGCCUCUAUUACUUUGAGUACACAACAGACAAGGAGCCCAGAGGGAUCAUACCAUUGGAGAACCUGAGCAUUCGAGAGGUCGAAGAUCCCAGAAAGCCAAACUGUUUUGAGCUGUACAUCCCCAAUAAUCGCGGACAGCUGAUUAAAGCGUGUAAGACCGAAGCUGAUGGACGUGUGGUGGAGGGAAACCACAUGGUGUACCGGAUCUCGGCUCCCACCCCAGAGGAAAAGGACGAAUGGAUACACAGCAUCAAAUCUGCUGUGAGCGUCGACCCCUUCUACGAGAUGCUUGCUGCCAGGAAGAAACGCAUUUCCCUAAAGAAGAAGGAGGAGCAACCCUAGAAAUCCUCCAUUUCUCCUCCAUCCUUCCAAACACUCCAUCCAUUCUCUUAGAAACCAAUGAUACUUCAUUAAGGUAGCUCUCGUCCUCUCAUCAGAAGAAUCCACAAUGCUGGUUUAAUGGAGAGAUGGAUGUCGUUGGGUAAACCUGAACGUCAUCAUCUUUGGUCUGGACUGCACAAUAACCCAUCUCUUAUGUUAUACACUUGUACACUACACAGUGUUAUUCACUAUCACUCUAGUUCGUAGUCCCACACUAUAUUACGCUGACAUUCCAUCACCGACAAACAUGACAUUCAGACACAUCUCUCCUCAUCACGUUCACCUUUUCUUCCUGCGCUCUCACAUUCGGUGGCUUCCGCCCACCAUUCCUGCUAUUUCCAGCAUUUUACUGUGAAGUUCGUACACACACAGGGUAGAUGACCAACCAGCCUGAUGUAUCUUCAUCACCACCAUCGUCAGGGACCGAUUCAACCGAGCCUUUAGCAGAAAUGAGCAGGAUGUUUCGUUCGCACUGAAGGCUUUUGUUAUUGAUUUACUGGGUCUGUCUGCUACCCGUCUCGACACUAUUUAUCUCUUACUCGUUCGAGUUUAUUCACAUGUUAUAAAUGAAGAUGUUAAUGAAGGUCAUUGCUGUUCUCACUACAUAUCAAGACUGAGUUAAGCAUAUCCCAUCAGUUAUUUUUAUUUUUAGACUAAUAUUGGUAUAUAUAAGUGAUAAACCUGCCGGCGAUGUCAUUUCCUGUGCACAGUUGAUGACAACUGUAUUGACCUAUCAAAGCAUUUGUAGAAACACAUCUCAUUGUAUGCGAGUCCUUAAAUAAGCUCCUCCACCUUUGAGAAAAGAGCCUUAAAAGUCCCCAAGCCCUGUUUCUGAAUGUUUUUACUAGUGUUUCAACGAAACCAACUGGGUUUAAAGUGAGAACUCGACCACUGGUGCUGCAAAACUGUUCUUGGGGGAAUCUCAGAUUAUAU